AUGAACUUCUCGCCUGAGCUCAGUGUUGCGCUUCAGCGGGUAACGGCCUGCAACAACGGCGACAGGCUGCUAAGCAUGGUCCGCACGGACCUGCUGAACAGCCUUCAGGAGUCACAUGAUGCCGUUUUGCAUGCCCACGAUGCCUGGAUGCAGCUUGAGAUGCUGGGGACAGACGUCAUGUCCAUCGGUGGCGUCGUUGACUUGCAUGACAAGGACAGCCUGUUCAAGGCCUUCAAAGAGUCGAAGGUGCUGACACGGGACAGAGUGGUUUGGCAAGCAAUUGGACGCUUUCGGGCUCCCCUUGACGUCUUGCUGACCACCAACUACUUGUCCGACAUUGUCAACCACGACAACACCCGAACCUCGCAGCUCCGCAAUGCCUUUUACAAAAUCCACUCGGAUAUCGUGCUGCAGACCAUGAGUGACUACUAUUCUUGGGAGAAGUUCGCGCGGCACGUGUGGAACAACCAGGAGGACGAUGACGUGCAGCUUGUGGUGCUGAACUUGAACCGCUUCAUGGGACUGGACAUGCAGAACUUGUACGAGUCAUUGAUGCAGAUGCCCUUCAUCGUGACGGACGCGCAGUCCAAGGGCACGCCCUCAUGGACGUCGGUGGCAGCUCAGAAUACUCAGACACCCUCGGACGCCGCAAACCUUUUUGAGUCAUUGACAAGCUUGGGCCGCGACUUGUCCUACCCCGACUUUCUCGAUCCAGUACGAGAGGCGAUCCAGAACAGCAUGGCAUCAAGCCUGAAGGCAGUUCAGUACUCGGUGGCUGCAUGGUGCCAGCUGCAUGAGCAUGCUACGGCGAGCGGGGUCUUGACGUCGGAUGACGGCAAGAGGAAGUUUAAAGAGCUUGACAUCCUCAUGAGGAAGGAGAUCCUAUGCACCGCCUUUGGCUUCCUUGGCACAAACGGGGUGGCUGACUUCCGCUUCGUAGAGCAGCUGCUUCUCCAGCAGGUGUCGCCUGCGGACAUCACGGACAUACCGGAUUUUCUUGUCAGGUUGAAAACUACGCAUGGCCACCUCCAGAAACACUUUCUUCAGGAGCUGAUCUGCUCGGAGAACGUUUGGGCCCGCACCAUCAAGAAGAUCACCCAGCUUCAGAUGAAGGAGUCCACGCAGAACUCUGAGUAUGCCUGA